AUGGAGCUCAUAAUUGUGGCUCUGGUGUUGUGCAGUGCAUUCAAUCAUGUUGUAUUAAGCAACGACCGUCUCAUUCUAACACGUUAUAUAAAAAAUGGGCAAGCAACAGAAGCAAGAAAACUGUCAGAAGUCAAUUCUACAAAAUUCUUUGACAUUAAAAGUCAUUCGGGCUUCAUGACUGUAGAAGAGAAGUAUAAUAACAAUCUCUUCUUCUGGUUCUUUCCCGCGGUAACACCGUUGGCUCAAACGCCAUGGAUUAUAUGGCUGCAAGGUGGUCCUGGAGUGUCAUCAAUGUUGGGUCUAUUUGACAUUAUAGGACCUAUAAAAAUUGAGGAUGGGCAAGUGAAAGAGAGAAAAGUGACAUGGGCGAGCGAUUAUUCCCUACUGUUUCUGGACAACCCUGUGGGUGCUGGAUUUAGUUUUACUGAUGAUGAUCGUGGAUAUCCAAACAAUGAAGACGAUAUUGGCGAUCAAAUGCUGCAGUUUUUGCUCCAAUUUUUAGAGAUGUUCCCGGAGCUACGAUCGGCGCCACUCUUUAUCGCUGGGCAAUCGUACGCCGGGAAGUAUGUACCAGCUUUAGGGAUACAGAUCCAUCGAUAUAAUACUGAUAUAAGUCGCAAUGAUAAUGAUGAGAGACUCAUCAUUAAUUUGCGAGGUAUAGCCAUUGGCAAUGGUCUCGUUGAACUGCGGAAUAUGAUGCACUACAGCGAUCUGUGUCGGGACCUUGGUAUUCUCGACGGGAAUGAGUUAUCUCGUUUAGAAACGCUGGAAGAAGAGGUUGUGCAUUUUAUUGACAAUAGAAAGAUGGUGGAUGCAGCAAAUAAAUUCAACGAAACCAUUGAAUAUAUCAAGAAAAAGAGUGGGAUAAGUAUAUAUAACUUCUUAAAAGAUCCGACAAAAAAAGCUCCUGCUUUCGAGGCUUAUAUUACAAGACCAGAUGUCAGAGAACUGAUCCAUGUUGGCGACUCGUCGUUUCACUACAACAACCAGCAUGUUUAUUACAAGAUGUUGCCGGAUUUCGCCAAUAGCACAAAGCCAUUUGUUGAAGACCUUCUUGAAUAUUAUGGUGUCCUAAGUUAUAGUGGUCAGUUGGAUUUGAUAUUACCAUAUAGUUUAUCCAAGUACAUGUAUGAAACGCUUAAUUGGUCCCGACGCGAACAGUACCUACAUGCAAGUCGACGGCGCUUGCGCCGGCAUACUAACGGAGCCGUUGUUGGAUAUAAAAAGGCAGGGGGCAAUUUCAUUGAUAUUCUUGUUCGUGGAGCUGGACAUUUGGUGCCAGCAGACCAACCUGAAGUCGCGAAGUUUAUCAUUGAUGUGUUCAUAGACGAGUUUAAAUAA